GGCGCAAGGUCGGAGCUUUUUGGCCGACGGCAGCCGCGAUGGACCCUGGCAGUCCGUGACGAAACAUCGACUUUGCGAACACGGAACACCUGCGACAACGAUCUGAUACAGCCAACCUCACCACGUGAGCGCAUCUCCGGCCCGCCUCCAACCUGAUCCACCAGUCUCAAUGAAGGCGCGCGUCGCACGCAUUGGGACAGAGCAGCUUCUGCCAUGGGGCUCUCUGGCAAUGAAGCGCGGUCCGCGUCCGCCGGCGCCUUUCCUGAAGAGCUUCUUCUCGUCGACACAGCACCCAGCCAGAACUCGGUUGCAGCCCAAAACACUCCAGCAAACUGCACUGCUGCACCUCCGUUUCCAACGAUCCGCCCUCGCCCGCCGCUUCCGCUCCGUCCGCUUCAACAGCAGCAAGACGAAUGGAUCGCAUCAUAACCCAACGCCACACCUAGGCAGCCCUGAGCCAGCCCAGUCACUAUCUCAGAAACUCAAAGCGCUUUCGAAAGAGUAUGGAUGGGCAGCUCUGGGUGUCUAUCUAGGCCUGUCUGCUCUCGACUUCCCCCUCUGUUUCAUCGCUGUGCGGCUGCUCGGGACAGACAGGAUAGGGCACUACGAAGAAGUAGUCAAAGAUGGCUUCUGGAACCUGGUGCGACUAGUCUUUCCAGACGCAGGAACUACGUCGGCCGAAAGGCACGUACUAGAGGAAGCUGCCGAGGCCACGCACAGGGAGGGGAGUCUGGAUGCUGGUGAAGUAGCUGCUGUGAAGGCACACAGUGGUGGUGAUGCAUCAAUCUGGACACAGCUGGGCCUGGCCUACCUAGUGCACAAGUCCUUGAUCUUUUUCAGAGUCCCGCUUACUGCUGCCGUCCUGCCCAAGGUUGUGAAGACCCUGAGGAAGUGGGGCUACAACAUCGGAAAGGCGAAACCAAAGGCGGGUUGAGUCUACUUCAACCUUUGGUUGGUGGACAACCUUCCGCCCACACGUCCAACCCAUCGCUGAGCUCAAGGUCCGCAAGCCUUCGGCUCUCCAUGCAUUAUGACACUGUAAUUCUCCCAUCAUGUAAGAUAAGCCUGCAAGAAACAAACAUCUGCCUCCCCGGAAUCCCGUUGCAACUCUGCACAAAAUCGCCGCAGAGCUUACGCGUACAACAUGGCCAUACUCCUUCUCACAGGUGCUAUGCACAUAAACUUUAUCUGGUAUACAGAAGACGCAGUGCAGUAGUUGGCUUAUCGACUUGGAUGUCUUCGCCUCAAAGUCAAUUAUCCGGGUGUUAAAAGCAGGUGACGGAUGACUUGAACCUUUACCCAGAAGCAACACAUCCCUUUCACUGUAUGCGAACAGGCAAAACUCAGCAUUCGCCACUCAUCAUUAUCAAGCUCACCGUUUUCCCACACCGU